GUCGAAUGCAAGCCAUCAAACAUCAAAGUUAUCCAACCCACUUUAGGCUGUUUAAAGUUUAAAGGGGAUAGCCUGUAAUUUCGUCCAUCGCCUUUAAACCUGCCUUGUAGAUAUGCUUAAACGGAAUCAAAAACAAAUUAAAGCUAGUGCAAAAAGUGACAAUUGUAACCUAAAAGAGAACGAAUACAAAAGCAGUGAAAUAUCCUUAACGACAUUAAUAGGCGUCCGGAAUUUAAAGAGAUGGAACGCCCUCAAAAUCGAAUUUCGCUUCCAAGCCGACGAAGAAUUCGUUACGAAAUUGUUGGACCUCGCAGAGGACUAUCUAAACAAGACACAAAGAAAACCCCAUACAAAUCAUGAAGAGACCAGCACGAAGAAGCUCGAAAAAAAUCCCAAGCAUCACAUUGAUACAAAUCCCGUUAAAGAGGAACUAAACGAGGAUGUUCCGCAGCUACAAGAAAAAAUUUCCAAUUACGAUGUAAAGAAUAUAAUAGGCGAAAACAAAACCCAAAGCGCUGGCGCUAAACUGAAAGAAGACACCACGAGACUGGUUAAGAAAGUAACGUUGAAAAAAGAAGGUGCUAAUAAAAAGGGCGACAAAACCCAACUUCCUCUCAAAGAUUUAAAACAGUGUGAUAACAAAAACGCCGAUAACACAGAGAAAUCCACCGAGAAGGAAAACAAGCCGACUAAUAACGUAGAUAAAAUUCGAAUAAAAUUGUGCCAAUUGUGUAACACGCAUCACGUUCAAGUUCACUGCCCGCUGAAUUUCCCUCAUUACGUCGUGCACGAUGCCUUCGAUCCCGUCUAUUGGGAGCAAAAAUACAAACUUUUACACGAAGAGGCUCAAACGAGCAAAGAAAAAACCGACAACAGCGAGCUGGAGCUCUACGAAUACAGCUUUUCGGUACUAUCUCUACCCAACUCAUUGUAUUUAAAGGACACCAACAGCACUCACGGUACCGGAGUGUUUGCCAAAAUUGAGAUCGAACCGUUCACUCAAUUCGGGCCUCUCAUCGGCAAGACUGUCAAAGAAAUGGAAAUUCCCGAGGAUAUUAACAUGAAGAACAUAUGGGAGAUUCAGGGCGGAUCGGAGAACGUGUACUUUGAUACGGAAAACGUCACCGAAGCGAAUUGGUGCAAAUAUCUCAGGCCAGCCCCGACUAGAGAUGAUAAAAAUCUAACUGUGAUAGCUAAAGAUUCUAAAUUAUUUUUUGUCUCUGUUAAGUUUAUCAAAAUCGGCGAGGAACUACUGUUCUGGCAGGAUUCUCAGACUGCUAGUAAUAAGAAGAAAAUGGAAAAGACUACUUGUGGAGGUUGCAAUAUAGACUUUAGUCAUCCGCAUUACUACAGAUUGCACUGCUCUUUGUUUCACGACAUACGCUAUAGCUUGACCAUCAAGAAAUACCAUUGUAAAGUGUGCGGUGUGGCAGUUUUAGGCAAAGAAAACAUAAUGAAACACGCCGCAGAAUUGCACAAUGGACAGGGAGCUUACCAAUGUCAGUUUUGUAAAAAAUUUUUUCUAAGAUUGAAUUAUUUAGAAAUGCAUCGAACGUACGGAUGUUCUGCCAACCCACACAGAUCGAGGCCACUGUGCGAUUUCUGCGGCCGGAAAUUCUGCCAGCCCCAAAAAUUGAAAGUGCAUAUUAAAAGGAUGCACAGCGAUUUAGCCGAAGUGCUGAAGGAGUUUCAAUGCAAGAGUUGCUUGAAAAUACUAGGCUCUAGAGCUGCAUUACAGAGACACACGAAAGAAGUCCAUAAGAAACAAACGGAGGCCAAUUGCUCGUGUUCGAGGUGCGGGAAAAGUUUCCAGAACAAAUCGAAUCUGAAAAUUCACAUGCUGACACAUAGCGGAAUAAAACCGUUCAAGUGUAUAAUUGCGAUUUGUAACGCUGCAUUUACAACGAAGCAAUGCCUCCAGUUUCAUUACAAGAAAAUCCACAACUACACCGAGGAAAAUAUGCCAAAAAUCGAAAGAAGCGUGGAUUAUACAUUCCAAGCUUACAGCGGUAGUGGUGAUGGAAUUAAUGAAAACGAACAGCCAGAAACCUCACAGGAAUCCAAUUCGAAAAAUCGAGAAAGUAUGUCCGAUGAUGGGAGCGACGAUAACGAAAAUAUCGACGAUCCGUUAGCGUUGACAAUAAGCAAUCAAACUUCGAAGAAUCCAGUGGAAUUCGAGCCUAAUUCUCCGCAAGACAUUCAUGCGGAAAAAGCAUCCCAUACCGAUGACUACCCCAAAUCCUCGCUAUCCGGAUCCAAUCUGAAAGUGCUGAGUAAAGGUUCCAAAAAAUGGAUCGGCGACGAUCCGCCCGCAUCGUCCAAACUACACGAUAUUUACUCAGUCGAACGGCUCAGCAAAGACGAUCUAUCCGGCAUAACGUUACAGGAAACCGACGACUACGACAGAAACAAAACCAACGCGAACGAUUUCAACAGGCACGAGGCCUCGAACGCCAGCCUGCUCGUCGAAGCGGCCCUCGAUUCGGUCUGCAACGAACCCAACAUCGACAUCGACGUCGGCACGACGCCCAAUUGCGCCGAUUCCUUGGUCAACAAUCUCUACAAUCUCGCGCAAUCCGACAACCUCCCCGACGUUUCCUACAACGACAUCAACGAUUCCCGCGACAUCAGCCUGAUAUCGCCGUCGGUCAACGACCACGACCACGUCUCGGUCACCGACGAACUCAACGACGAAUUGAGGCGCGACAACGCCAUCGGAAUGCACUACUCCGGCUUCCAUCAGAACGACUUCAGCCCGCCGCACAGCCCCGACAUCCACCGAUCGAACUUCGUGCGGAACUACAUCAACAGCCUGUCGCCGCAGAACGUUUCGUACGAUCCGAGGAACCCGUCGCCCGUGCCCAGCCCGUCGCGCUACGACAUCUUCGCCCAUCACGUCAAUCCCGAUCACUUGUCGUCGGACGACAGCAACGGCAUGACCGUCCAGAAUCUGAGCCUGCACAACGCCAAAAACGACAUCCAGCUCGAUCUGUCGCUGUACAAGACCUACAAAUCGAGCAACCAGGACUACAUCAGGAAGCUGAAGUUCGACGACGACAACACCUUGGAGCAGGACCACAUCGACGUCAUCAGCCAGGACCUGCCGAGCGACGUGCAAGGCAUGGAGGGCGAGAACAAAGGCGGCCCGGACCGGGACGAGCACGACAAGUACGAAUUAUCGGCCGACAUUCGCAACAAAUUCGACAUCGAUUUGGAUCUGAGGCUCAAAGCGUACGAUACGAUGGACGCGGAGGCUCUAAGGCAACGGAACCACACCUACGAGACUAGCGAGUUGGAUUUUCGCAGCAAGGCGGCUUACGAUUUGAUCGACGCGGUGGAAAAUCGAAACAAACAGUACGAUCUGAUAGACAACGAUUUCAGGACGGACAGGAAUUUCGAACCUUUGAUUCUGAAUUCAUCGGAGUUGCAGGGUUUGGAUAUGUCGGCGAGGAGCUUCCACAACUACACCAACAUCAACCGGUACAGGCCGCUCUAUCCCGAGGUGGAUCGAGUGGAUUUGAGGUUGAAUUACAGCCCGCCGCCUCCCACUUACACGCACGCCGAUUUAUUGCGCGUUGUCUCCUUAGAUCUCACACCGCCGGGCAGGCACAGCGUGGAUUUGAGCCUGAGAAACCAUCCGCUGCAUCAAAUAGCCAAUUCUCGUUUGCUAACCGAGCACGGUCUGCAGCCGAACCCGCAUCGAUUGCUCGACCAAAGCAGGAUAUUGAACGCGGAUUUGAUAUCGAGCAGGCACUUGGCGACCGAUAGAUUGAUAACCGAGCAAGGCAACAGGAUCUUGACCGAUCACAGCACCUCUAGGAUCUUGAACAACGAGCAGCUGGGCGCGAACCAUCUGCUCGCGCCCGACCAGAGCCGGAUCAUCGGCGACGAUUCGCGCGUGUUGACCGAUCAAACGAGGCUGUUGGAUCAGAGUAGGUUGAUCGGGGACGGGAGGAUUCUGCCGCCGACCACCCCCAACGGGGGGUUGUCUCCCGUGCAGGGUUUCGGGAGUUAUACGGUGCCCCAAAAUCCGUAUCAUCCGGCGCCUUUGGCUACCAGGCCGCACGUUACGUCUCCUACUACAGCCGCAUAUCAUUAUCCUACGUAUUAUUGAAUUUGUUAAGUAAUUUUAAUCGUGUAAAUAGUCGGUGGGCAUGUAAGUAGUUAGGUAAUUUCGUUGUUUGUACGUGGUGAAUCGAUUGACGAGUUAAAGGGCGAUGGUUCGGUAAAAUCUCGUUGUAAAAUUCUCCGUAUGUUUUAAGAAAAAAGUCUGAAUUUGUUUCUUCCUGGAACCAAUUAAUACUCAUAUUUUAAUUAUAAUUUCGAUGAGCAUAUUUUCAGAAUGUCGUGAAGUUUCAGGGAAAAUAUGGCAUUAUCAACAUUUUAUAUUCUUGCAUAAACGAGUUGGUAAUAUUUUGUGCUAUGCUCUGUUUAAAUCUAGGAGGCUGGAGGAGUGAUUUGAAAAGUCAGAAAAUUGGCAAGGCGGCAAAUAAAUAUCUUUCAUUUACAUAAAAUUGAAAGUAAACUGCCAAUAACUAUAUUAAAAGAUGAAAUGAAUUAACAAACCACCUAAAUACGGCAUAUUAAAUAAAAAAGAAAAAUAAUAAAAUUUCUAUAACAUGAACUUGACUCGUAAUUAACCAAUAAACAAACGGCAGUGUUGCCAACUUAAAUUCAAAUCGCUCUUCCUAGAUUUUCUAGGGUGACAUUUAUGUUGGAAUAUAAAAUUGUUUUUUUUUUCUGUAAUAAAGUCUAGUCAUGUUGUUGUAAAUAUCUUAGGAUAAUUCAAAGGCAUUAGUUAAUAAAGAUGCGUUUAUAAUAGUACAUCAUGGAUAAUUCGGAUAUUUCAAAUUGCGGGAAAAAUUUUCUGGUAGAUGAAACUGAAAAAUUGGAAUGGUUGGAUGUCCGGAUAAUUUAAGUAAUUUGUUUCCAAUGUUUAUCGAUUGUUUCGUAAUAAACUUGCCAUCAACGAUAAUAUUUUGGUAAUUUUUGUGCAUUAUAAUUUUAUCAAUAUUGUAUUUAAUGCUAUUAUUAACUUUAUUAUAUUAAUUGAUUUGAUUUUUA